AUGGCAGCGUCUGUGGACCGGUACCUCACCAAAAUCCGGGCUGAACCCCCUACCAUCAUCGUCAGUGACCGGAUAGAAGGCGAAGGUGAAACUAUUCGCUUACAGUGGAUCAAUGUGCUUAGAGAAGCCGACUACAUCGCCAAGAUGGCGGUGUUUUUCCGACUAUACAAAAUGAUCAUUGAAAACGCAAUCCACACAGCCGGAGAGAACAACGCCAACGAGCUCCGAGGCUUCUUGUUCCUCAUGGGCCUGUCCGUUGCGCACGAGCUGAUCCACACCUUUGUCGGUCCGGCAGGAAGGAGAGCCUACUUCAACCCGAGAAACCCGCGCGGUACCCGCCAGGUUGGUGACAUGGUUGGGGUCUUCACGACGCAGAAUACAGGUCGCGCCGUGAGCGAGGCUUGGAUGCAUGACUGCUUAGGACUGAACUGGAAAGACUUUACUUUUCCCGUCGAUCUGGCCGGACCGUCGCAAAACUGCACCAAUCGCACACAGAUGGAGGGCACCGCACAGAGAAAGACAUGGAAGGACAGACUUCAAUAUCGCGGUGACUAUACGCCCCACAUGCCAGAGAUAAACCACAUGCCGCUGCAUAGGAUCAGCUCCUCUGCUCUUCGUGACAUUAUGCGAACUGUUGCAAACACGGCUUACAUCAAAGUCCGGGCAUGA